AUGGAGCUCUCAGCUGGACAAGGUCUGAACACAAACUACUGUCAGCAGAGCCAAGUGCUCUGGGCUGAGCGCCUCGCCUGCUGCGGUCCCCUGGAGGGAAAGCUAGCAAUCCAAGAAACCAACACAGCUUUUGGUCCUAGAACUGAGGUCAUGUGCACAGGACCUGCCCUAGUGAGGAAGGCACUGGCCUUCAGAGAGGCCACAGCCCCUGCAUCUGGCCCAGGCUCCCGGCUGGCAGAACCCAGUACCUGGGCUGACUUUGGAAAGCGGAGCAAGCAGAACAGCUGUAGUGAUUACAAUUUGGUCAAUGGAGUUAGAGGAAUGGGAUCCCCACCUGCAGGCUGGCCAGGAUGCCCAGGGCCUAUUAUUUCUACCUGGGAAGCCCAGUUGGGGCCACCUUGCUCACUGUAG